AUGGCGUCUUUUCACCCUCGCGACGCUUUCAUUCUCCACCAGGAGCACAUCCAACGCAUGAACGAGGGCGAUGAAGUGGACACAUCGGAGGAACAGAAGGUUCAAAUUGAUCUGCAGCGCGUCACUGACAGCGAAUCCACUGCUGUGGUAACCUUCUCUCACGAGGAUCACACCCUAGGAAAUCCCCUGCGGCACGUUCUGAUGCAGAACGUUGCCGUGACGAGCGCCGGCUACGCGAUUCCCCAUCCACUAGAGCCGAAGAUGCUCUUGCAUGUGCAGGCUUCCGACUACGCUGUAGAGGCUGUGGCCCACGGUCUGGAGCGUCUCGCAGAAAUCUGUGACGACACAAUUAGUAGCUUCGAUAAGUGUAUGGUAGCACAGCAUCGCAUGGCUGUUUCUACGCGGCCAGAGUAG